UAGGGCUGGCAACUCUGUUGUGUAAAAUCAAAAUCAAUCAAAAUAAAGCAAAAAGUUGCAAAAAUUAAACAAUAUUCGUGAAAAUAUUUUAAAAUUUAAAUAAAUAAAGAACCUGUUUAAUUAAAAUGUCUCCUGUAAUCUAAUCUACUCGUAAGGUAGUAGGUGCAUUGUUAUCUAAUCCUUCACUUCUCUAUAUAGGUUAAUUUAAGCCGCAACUUAGACAAUUUUAUUUACGUAAUAAAAUAUAAAAUCGUCGAUAGGCAUCCAAUAUGAUUUAGUGGGAAAUUUAUGAUGAAUUAAGUUAAUUUUACAAGGGUUGUGGUGAAUUAAACAAAAUGAAUACGAAUAAGUUAUAUCCUCUAAGUCGCAAUCUGCUUUGGUUACGGCCUGUGUAUUUCGAGUCGUAUCCUCGACUAAUAAAAAGAUUGAUAACGACAAAAUCACAACAAAAAUUAGUUGAGGAAAGCUACAAAGUGUUGAACAUACCAACAGACUCAAGUCAAGAUGUGGUCAAGCAAGCUUUUCUGGAGCUUGCCAAGAAGUACCAUCCUGACUCCACCUCCCCAGAUGCUGACAUUGACAAGUUUGUGACUGUGGAGGCUGCAUUCAGGACCCUCUCUAAACAUAACACUGGAUCACAAAAAUUGGAUGAAGUUGAGCAGGCUGUGUUUGAUAUUAGACACACAGCUCCUCAGCACCGUCAAUACCUGAGUUUUGAAGGUGUAGGUUUCGGCACUCCAUCACAAAGACAAAAACAAUACACACAAGUCAGAGCACUAAAAGCCGCAACCAACGUCAUGGAGCAUCGUAUCUCUAAAGCCAUAGCCUCCGAUAAAGCCCUCAUGAAGAAGGAAUCUGUGAAGCACAAUAUCAAAACUAAAUAUGGCUUGGAGAGACUAGUAGAAGAUCUGAUACAAGAGUCAAUGUCUAAAGGAGAAUUUGAGAAUCUAAGUGGCAAAGGAAAACCUUUGAAAAACCAGAAUACUAAUCCUUAUGUUGAUUUUACUACUCAUAAAAUUAAUGAGGUGUUAAUAAACAACGGCUUCACACCAGAAUGGAUAACAAUGAAUAAAGAAAUAGAAACGGACAUUGAAUUACUCAAAGAGGAAAUUGCCAAAGACAGAAUGUAUCUGGGACCUUAUCCCUUAAACGAGACAGACUCUGAAAAAUGGCAAAAAAUAUAUGAAAGCAAUAAAUUACUAGCCGAAUCGCUAAACAUGAAAAUCAAUAAAUACAAUUUAAUAGUACCUCUUCUAAAUAAACAGAAAUUACAUGUGGAGUUUGAUAAGAUUUGUAAAGAAAUUCUAGUUAACGGAAAACAUUCGAUGGUAAAACAAGUGGAAAAGAUUGAGCAAAAACUUAUAGUGGAUAAUAGCUAUGAUUUGAUGGGAGAGUUUUUUAAGGCUUUAGGGGAAUUGUUAGUUGGUAAUCCGAAAAAGAAUGUUGGCAGUUAGACUAGCUGACCUGUCUCAGCUUAGCUCGUGGAGUUUUUUUUAAUCCUUUCUUAUGGGAGUCUACAUUACAAAAGAAUCUAUAAUAACUUAAUAAGAUUAUAAUAAGAAAUCCAGUUUCUAGACCCAGGUGUAACACUCAAUAGUGCAUAUAGAUGAACUAAUCUGUGAUAAAAUACUUUUAGAAAAUAGAUAAGUAGGUAUACUACUCAAAUAUUGUUAAUUAUUUUAAAACGUGCAAUAAAACCAUCAAAAUAAUA